AUGAGCGCCCAAGGGGCGAAGACGUUGGUGUUCCCGUCAAUAGAAUGGUUCCAGGGUCUGCAGGAACUGGUCAAUAACGACCCGGAAUUCAGGCAUCUGGGCAGUGUAGACGCGGUCAUGGGCGUGUCGGUCGGAGAGCGGGUAUUCUUGAUUACUUUCGAAGCCUUCGAAUGCGUUGAGGUAAAAGAAGGAACGGAAUACGAUCUGAUCGACGCCGAUUUCUUUCUCAAUAUGAGCGUUGAGAAGUGGCAGGAACUGAUCGUCAACACCAGGGAAAACGGCGGAGCAGACCUCAGCCACACGCUGAACACACUGGACCUGAUGACCGAGGGCGGUAUUAGCGACAACGCCACCGGCGAUCAGCUCAGGGCCGACAUAUUCUUCCGGGUAAACCAAAGCCUCCAGCACUUCUUCGACAGUGCGGCGCAAUUGGAAACGGUCUUUGAACAGGGAUAG